UACAUACUAGCCUUCACCGAAAAAGGGGGGGUAAGCUGUGUUUGCCAUCAGAGCUCACAAAAACACGCGAAGCGGUGCAAAUUCGACGCGCAAAGCGUGGCCGAGCAAAUCGCAAGCGCAGCAAGCAAGCGGUGCAACCAAAUUGCCGCGGAGAGCCCAGCACUGCAGCCUGCAGCAUGACCUCGCCGCCGGUCAGCCACGCCGUCGACGCAUCGAUCCUGGAGCCCUUCGCCUACAUCAGCGAGACGCAGUGCAUGAAUCAAUUGUCGCGCCGCGCAUCCGCUGGAUCAUGGCACGCCACCGACGCGACGCGACCACCCGACUCACGCAGGCGAGACGCCCGGCAAGGACGUCCGAGGCGCCCUGAUCGACGCGUUCAACGUGUGGCUCAAAAUCCCGCCCGAGAAAGUGACGCAAAUCAAGUCCAUCAUCUCGCGCCUGCACAACGCCUCUUUGCUCGUCGACGACAUCGAGGACGGGUCGCAACUGAGACGGGGCAAGCCCGUGGCCCACGCCAUCUUCGGCGUGCCCUACACGCUGAACGCGGCGAACUACGCGUACUUUGUAGCCUUGGAAGAAUGUCAUAGAUUAGGCUCGCCGGAGGCGCUGUCGGUCUUUGUGGAAGAGCUGCUCAAUUUACAUAGGGGCCAGGGCCAGGACAUCGUGUGGCGCGACACGCAGAAGGUCCCUUCAGAAAAAGAGUACUACAGCAUGGUGCUCGACAAGACCGGCGGGUUGUUUCGGCUGGCCGUCGGCCUCAUGGCCGCGUUCUCGGCACGAGACAAGAGCGAGUUCCGCGAACUAGUCGAUCAAUUAGCGCUCUACUUCCAAAUAAGGGACGACCUCGUGAACCUCAAGAGCGACGAGUACGCGCUCAGCAAGAGCUACUGCGAGGAUUUGACUGAAGGAAAGUUUAGUUAUCCGAUCCUGCACGCUAUAAGGGCGAGACCGGACGAUACCCGGUUACUAAACAUCCUGAAGCAGAAGACCGAGAAUAUUGAUGUGAAAAAGCACGCCGUGGAGUUCAUGGAGUCCGUCGGCAGUUUCGAGAAGACGCGCGCGGCCCUCGCGGCGAUCAAGGGCGACAUCGCGUCCGCUAUUGCGGCAUUGGGUGGCCACGACCAGCUGGUGAAGCUCGUGGAGAAGCUCGACGCGCAGGUCGCCGAGUCGUCCAAGCCGCUGCCCGUGGAGCCGCUGCGGCGGUACGACUCGCUCUAGAGUGUUGUAAUUACGUUGUCUCGUCGAUGGCGUCGCGGUGGCGUGUGUUCUGUCCUGCGAAUC